UUCUUCAAACCUGAAAACAUGGGAGCAAGCAAAGAACUGGUGUGCGGACCAUUCCAAUUCUCAGCUUUUUGUAAUAAAGGAUCAAGAGGAUUUGGCUUUCAUUGCUUCCGAACAACCGUAUCUGCCAAUGACAGCUGGUAUAUUUUGGACUGGUUUACAUUCCAAAUCUCAUGGAGUAUGGGGAUGGUACACCCAAGACUAUUUCAACCAAAACCUUGUGACGUGGCAAGUGGAACCAAAUGAUUUGGCGGGAGCGGAAAAUUGUGGUGUUCUGAGAAUGACCGGCCGUUUUAGUGACAGGAACUGUUCGUCAGACGCCAAUUUCAUUUGCAACAAGCCACAAUAUACCUAUGAUAAAAAUAUUGAUAAUGGAUGCGGUCCCUGGAUAAGGGCCGGCCGAUCAUGUUAUGGGUUUAUUAAGGGUUCACAGGCAGGGAGCUGGGCAGAGGCCAGGAAAUAUUGUCAGUCAAUGGGAGCAGAUCUCAUUAAAGUUGACUCAUUUGCCGAAAAGAUGUGGCUAGAGUUACAGCUUAUGAGCCCUGCAAACGAUAGGCUGUUUUGGACUGGCCUGAAUGAUAGAAGCAGUGAAGCAACCUAUGUCUGGGCAGAUGGUACUCCCUUCAACAUUACAUACAUAAAAUGGAAUCAAGAACCAAAUAAUUUUAAGGGAAAUGAAGACUGUGCUUUGAUUUCUAGUCUUGGAGUUUAUAACGAUGUACCUUGCAUCACCCAAGCUGCGGCAAUUUGUGAAAUUGACAUCGUUACCAAAGAUCCAUGUCAAGUUGGUUGGAUUAGAAGUCAGAAAAAUUGUUACAUGUUUACAUCUUUUGACAACAGUUCCUUACUGUAUAAUCAAAUAGAAGCUACCGCCUUUUGUAAGGCAGCUGGGGGCAAGCUAUUGUCAGUAAAUGACCGGUAUGAGAAGGAAUUUAUUGUAAAUCAAGUCAAGAAUCAAUUGCCAGAAAACAUACGUGGAUAUUGGACGUCUUUGACCGACAAGGGACAUGAAGGAUUUUGGUCAUUUGGAAACGAAAUGACCGAUGUACCCGAUCAUACCCUUAUUGACUGGACAGGAGAACCAAGUUCGAACAGGUAUGAUGAUUGUGGACUGGUCACUUUUGCUGGACAUUACCAUAUGCGUGACUGCAGUUCAAAAAUCAGUUUUAUCUGCGAAAAAGAUGCUACAGUUUCUAACAAUGAUUCCAUCGCAUCAAACCAAAGUAAUGGCUCGAACUCGACAAAUUAAACAGGGAACUCGGGAAUUCGGAAGUACUACAUUAUACAAGGAUAUCAAAAAUCUACAAUUAAACCGAUCGAUACGCGGAGCUUUUUGUGAUAUGUUUUGAAAUCUUUAUAAAAUAUGAACACAUAUGCAUUCAUAGUUAGGAAACUCAGAGUACUGUCAUGGCGAAGUCUUAAAAUUUAUUUGUUCGAACUUUAAUAUAACGAUUCGAGAAUUAUGUUUCAAUAUGACAUGUAUUUUAUAUAUAUUUACAGACUACCAGUUGAGGACGUAUGCCUACAUGUUGAAAAGCUAUUUAAAUAACUUCGAUACCUCUUAAAUGUUUAUGAAGCGUAAUUUAUAUGUUAUAGCAUAAUAGCGCUAUUCAUUUUAAUAUCAAAUACAGAGGUAAUAUCAGAAAUCCUUAAAAAUGUAUUGCUUUUUUGUUCUACAGUAGUAGAAACAACCUAUGUGUUAUCUAGGCUGUUACUGGUAGUGUUUGAGAAUCAAACGAGUGUCUGAGCUGACUCCUUUAGAGUCAUCCUUGCUUGUCCUGCGGUCGAGCAAGCUUUUUUGUCGGUAUUAACUUCGUAUCAUAUAUAACAGAUU